AUGGGCGCCCUCGGUCUCUCGCCGCGGCUCCCGCUGCUGCUGCUCCUGCUGCUGCUAAUGCUGGGAGCCGAGUGCUUCGCCCGGGAGGUGCUGGUCCCACAGGGGCCCCUGUACCGCGUGGCUGGCACGGCCGUCUCCAUCCCCUGCAACGUCAGUGGCUACGAGGGCCCUGCCCAGCAGGACUUCGAGUGGUUCCUCUACAGGCCUGAGGCUCCAGAGGCCGCGCUGGGCAUCGUCAGCACCAGGGAUGCCCGUUUCUCCUACGCUGUCUUCGGGCCCCGCGUGGCGGCUGGUGAGGUGCAGGUGCAGCGUCUCCAGGGGGACGCCGUGGUGCUCAGGAUCGCCCGCCUACAGGCCCAGGAUGCUGGCAUUUACGAGUGCUACACCCCGUCCACGGACACCCGCUACCUGGGCAGCUACAGCGGCAAGGUGGAGCUGAGAGUUCUUCCAGAUGCGCUGCAGGUGUCUGCCACCCCCCCGGGGCCCCGAGGCCGCCAGGCCCCCACUUCACCGCCUCGCCUGACGGUGCACGAGGGGCAGGAGCUGGCGCUGGGCUGCCUGGCGCGGACGAGCACGCAGAAGCACACACACCUGGCCGUGUCCUUCGGGAGAGCGGUCCCCGAGGCGCCCGUAGGGCGAGCGACGCUGCAGGAAGUCGUGGGGCUCCGGCCCGACCUGGCCGUGGAGGCUGGGGCUCCCUAUGCCGAGCGGCUGGCUGCCGGGGAGCUGCGGCUGGGCAAGGAGGGGGCCGAGCGCUACCGCAUGGUGGUGGGGGGUGCCCAGGCCGAGGACGCGGGCACCUACCACUGCACGGCUGCCGAGUGGAUUCAGGAUCCCGACGGCAGCUGGGCCCAGAUCGCGGAGAAGAGAGCUGUCCUGGCCCACGUGGACGUGCAGACGCUGUCCAGCCAGCUGGCAGUGGCCGUGGGGCCCGGGGAACGGCGGAUCGGCCCCGGAGAGCCCUUGGAACUGCUGUGCAACGUGUCCGGGGCGCUGCCCCCGCCAGGCCGCCACGCUGCGUACUCUGUGGGCUGGGAGAUGGCCCCUGCCGGGGCCCCUGGGCCCGGCCGCCUGGUAGCCCAGCUGGACACAGAGGGUGUGGGCAGCCUGGGCCCCGGCUAUGAAGGCCGGCACAUCGCCAUGGAGAAGGUGGCGUCCAGAACCUACCGGCUCCGGCUGGAGGCUGCCAGGCCAGGUGACGCGGGCACCUACCGCUGCCUGGCCAAGGCUUACGUCCGAGGGUCUGGGGCUCGGCUUCGAGAAGCGGCCAGUGCCCGCUCCCGGCCACUCCCGGUGCACGUGCGGGAGGAAGGCGUGGUGCUGGAGGCCGUGGCCUGGCUGGCGGGAGGCACCGUGUACCGUGGGGAGACGGCGUCCUUGCUCUGCAACAUCUCUGUGCGCGGCGGCCCCCCGGGGCUGCGCCUGGCUGCCAGCUGGUGGGUGGAGCGACCCGAGGAAGGGGAGCUGAGCCCUGCACCUGCCCGGCUGGUGGGCGGCGUGGGCCAGGACGGCGUGGCAGAGCUGGGGGUCCGGCCUGGAGGAGGCCCGGUCAGCGUGGAGCUGGUGGGGCCCCGCAGCCACCGGCUGAGGCUGCACAGCCUGGGGCCCGAGGACGAAGGCGUGUACCACUGCGCCCCCAGCGCCUGGGUGCGGCAUGCCGACUACAGCUGGUACCAGGCCGGCAGCGCUCGCUCGGGGCCCGUCACGGUGUACCCCUACACGCACGCCCUGGACACCCUGUUUGUGCCCCUGCUGGUGGGUGCCGGGGUCGCCUUAGUCACCGGGGCCACCGUCCUUGGUACCAUCACGUGCUGCUUCAUGAAGAGGCUUCGAAAACGGUGA